UUUACUGAGGUGUAGUUCAACUGAUGGAAUGUUGUCACAAAUUGAUAUGUGACGAAAGCUGUUGGCAUAUCGAUUAUGGAAAUCAGCAUGAUGUCCAGUAACCUGCCUCCCCUGAGAAACCUGCCCAACUGGUCCAGGGUUCGAGAUCUGGACCGUGUCAGAUACCCCAGACUGCUGACCAGUGACUACAUGGUCAGAUCUCCUCCUGUGGACAUCAGGAGUGUGAAAGCAGCAGCAGCUGACCCCAGUACAGAUGCACAGGAGGACACACGCGUUGCUUCUCUGCAGAAAGACAUUGAGUUCCUCCAGCAGCAGCAUAAAGACACGCUGGAAAGACUGCAUGCAGAGAUCGACAAGCUUAAGCGGCUUAAUAAAGAAUUGCAGUAUCAGUUGGUUAUGAAACACGAGCAUUCUCCAAAAGGCUUCAUAAGGACCAACAGUGAUUCCUCAACAUCCAGCAGAGGCGGAUCAGCCGAGAGAGUUUCACAAUGCAGAUUCAUCAGUACAGCGGAGUCAGGACAGGGCGCCGUCACAUCCCUCUUGCCGCUACAGAUCUCCUGCAGUUCGUCCCAAAAUCCCCGAAAUCCGACGCUGAAGGAGUGUGAGCUGAUCAUCCGACAGCUCUAUCAGGCCAACAGCUCACAGCAUCAGGAGCUGCUGCGUGUCAAGAAGCUCCUAAGCAACAUUGCUUCUACAAAUAAAGCAUCGGCUGAAGUCUCUCUCACACGAGCCUGCCGAUGUGACAAUAACAGGGCUGAAGUUUUCAAACAUUUUCCAAAACUACCUCUCAAACCACUGCCAACGAAACAGCUCCCAAGUCAAGCCGGUAAAGGAGAAACUGUGAUUCUUCCAGCCAUCAAACGCAAUUUAAGCAGCAGCACGAUGUCCGAGCGUCAGAGGAGAGCGCAAGACGGACACAGAAUGAGACUCCGGAGAACCGUCAACUCCUAAAACUGAUCAUAAUACACUGGAACGUGAGAAGACUUUCCAUCAUGCUGGCUUGUUUUUACCUCAUGGACAUGCAUAAACAUACUCACUUUUACAUCAGUCUGUCUAUUAAGGAAACACAUGUAGUUUCUACUCUAAGCCAAAUAUCAAAUUCCCCCACUUUCACUGACUAAAAAGCUGAAUUUUCAUGACCCAAAAUGAAUAGAACUUUAAUAUUUCAGAUUAUUAAACAAAUUUAAAUAUGUCAAAGAUUACACAAGUAAAUAUGUCAUGCAGUUUUUAAAUUAAGGUAUUUAAUAUUAAGGGAAAACAACAUCCA